AUGUUCUUACACGACUAUUACUUCCUCCUCCUCGCUCUCCUAAUGACCCUAUGCCUCGCCUCAUCCACCCCCUCACCCUUCUCAUGUACUGGUGGCUCCAUGUACUUCACCGCCCACACCGUCGACAGCCUGCUCUUCCAGAACCCAGACAUCCUUCAUGAUCUGUUCGUGUUCAAGUGCGUUACUACGGUCGUGUUCAAUGCGGAUACGGGGGGUGAGGCGGGAAAUGAAACGAGGAGGGAAGAGCUGGAGUAUGGAUUGGGGAGUUCGUAUGAGAUUAUGUCUAGUGCGUCGUUAAGGGGAGGAGAGGGCAGUGUUCGUAACAACACGACGAUUCGAGUCGGAAAGUAUGAUAUCGCUGCUUCGCCUCUUCUGGGGCUAUCCAACGUCCAAAUCCUGUAUCUUCGUUUACCAGACAGCACGUAUUACGGCCAGGGAUACAGUGCUUACAGAGAGCAGUCGUUGAAAAUGCUAUACAGCGCAGACAUUUCUCACAUCAAAACCACUGACGGGGCCGCUACGUAUACUAUCAGAGACUUGAAAGACAUCAUCGCCAUCAUCCUUCAGGAGAGACGUGCAGACGAUAUCCACGUACUGAAUUACCUGGCGUCUCUCUCGACUGGCCAAGACGACUAUCAACUCGAACACGCUGACCGUAUCAUAUCUGCCAAGCUCGUAAUGGAUGUUGUCAAGGAGGAGGGUAUUCAAGCGAGAGUUGUAGCACAUGGCUGUGACGAGGUUCGUAACCAGGAGGUCAACCUCAACACCCCUGAUUACAUCAACAAGCUCAAUGCCUUUUUCGAAUAUGCCAAAUACGAUCCUGACAUGUGUCAGAGUGUUGACGAGUGUGGAGAGCGGCUCUCAAAUGCAGAUACGUCAACUAGUAGUUACAAUGAGUACGACUACAUAUAUGAGUUCCUAAAGCGGGAGUAUUACGUCACAUAA